UACUUAACAAUACAAACAACAAAACGAAAAAGAAACGUGUUAACAAACAUAUAAUAGACUGAUCACUAGUGUAACCACUACUAAGACAUAUUCGGCUAUUGGCCACUUUAUUUGCAGGCCAGACAACGCAAAAGCUUCUUCUUAACUGAUGUGAGAAAUUUGAAAACAGUUUCGCAAUAAACGCGUACAUGAAAACAACGAAAAGUUUAAAAACACGGAAGGAUUUUUUUUAUAAAAUCUUAAAAUUUAAAAAAAAAAGUGUUAAUUAAAAAAAAUAUUUGUGAAAUAAAGAAUUUAAAUUAAAAAAAAAAUUGGUGACUAAAUUUAUAUUUAAAAAAAUAAGUUAAACAGAAUUUAAAAUUUAAUUUUUUUAUUAGCACUUCUAAGUGCAAAGAAAAUAGUUAAUAAAAAACUAAAUAAUAUUAGAAAAUUAGAAACAAAAUUUCAGAAAUGAAAUUAUAUAUAAGUUUAGCAUUAAUUGUUGUGGCGUGUAUUACAACCCCUGUGUUGCCUCAACGUUGGCAACGACAGCAGCAGCAGCAACAAGCUCAAUAUUGUGUUACACCCGAAAAUUACUAUGGCUCGUGUGUUACUUUAAGUUUUUGUCCACAAAUUGCCAAUGUUUUCCAGAGUGGUAAUCAAAGACAGGCUCAACAAUAUGUCAUACUAUCACAAAGAGCCUGUGGCACUAGAAGUGUAAAUGGCGAUCCAGUUGUCUGCUGCACACGACCCCUAAAUGUAGCGCAAACAACAACACGUCCCCCAAGACAAACACAAAAUCCCUUCCAGCCACAACCGCCACAGACAACACCCAGUGUUUUCUUCCCCAAUACCGAACCACAAACGAAUCCUCAAAAUCCCUUCUUAAAUCCAGCCACAAGAGCUCCCGUACCCGUAGCACCACCCACUAGUGCUCCCACAAGAUCACCGCAAACUCAACGUCCCACCACUAAUGGUAAUUUAAUUGAUAAUAGAGCUUCCACUUGUCGUGGUCCCGAUAGCAAAGUCGGUACCUGUAUGCCCAUUAGAGAUUGCAAACCUUUAGUAGAAGAAUUGCUAAUGAAACAACAAGAUCCCACGUUUGCCAGAUUUUUGCAAGUAUCAAAUUCUAUAUGUGGUGGUGCAGCUACGGCAGUUUGCUGUCCCAGCUCCAACAGCCAAACACAAACUUCGACUAAUGCUCCCUUAAUAAAGAAUUCAAAUGAAAUUCCUCGUCGUUUGCCCACCGUUGAGGAGGGUUGUGGUUUUAGCAAUAAUUCCUAUAAGAAAAUCGUGGGCGGUGAGGUGAGUAAGAAGGGUGCUUGGCCUUGGAUUGCUUUAAUCGGUUACGAUGAUGAGUUAUCGGCCUCACCGUUUAAGUGUGGCGGUACCUUGAUAACAGCCCGACAUGUGGUAACAGCUGCUCAUUGUUUGAGAAGAGAUUUAUCCUUUGUACGUUUGGGUGAACAUGAUUUAACCACUGAUACUGAAGCUCGUCAUGUGGAUAUACGUGUUGUUAGAAGUGAAAGACAUCCUGAUUAUACUCCCAGAAAUGGUCACAGUGAUAUUGCUAUUUUAUAUUUGGAACGUAAUGUUCAAUUUACGGAAUUCAUUUCUCCCAUCUGUAUGCCCAUCACACCGGAAUUGAGGCAAAAAUCCUAUGUACGCUACACUCCCUUCGUCAUAGGUUGGGGUAAAACAAUGGAGGGUGGUACCUCUUCCAAUGUCCUACAAGAAUUACAAAUUCCCAUUUAUGACAAUCAAGUGUGUAGAGAUCGUUAUAAACAGCAGAAUCGUCUAUUUACCGAAAAUCAAUUUGAUAAAGCUGUUUUAUGUGCGGGUGUACUAUCCGGUGGCAAGGAUACCUGUCAGGGAGAUUCUGGUGGUCCUCUUAUGAUACCAGAGAACUAUGGCAACAAUGUGCGUUUCUAUUUGAUUGGUGUUGUAUCCUAUGGUAUUGGUUGUGCCCGUCCCGAAAUUCCCGGUGUCUAUUCAAGUACACAACAUUUCAUUGAUUGGAUUGCACAAAAAGUAGCUGAUACUCCUUAAAUUAUUACCUUUUUUGGCCGUUUUUUGCCUUUAAGUAAUAUUUAUGUCUGUUUUUUUUUAUAUUUUUUUAAUAAUUUAAGCCUCAAUUGUAGUCUAAGUAAUAGAGUGAGAGAUUAUUUAUACAGUUUAAUGUUAAAUUUUUUUUGAUUUUGAUUUUUAUUAUUUUCAUAUUUUUAAAUAAAAUU